GAGAGUGAAGAGAGGAGAGGAUACUCAAAAAAAACUAAGCAAACGAAACUGCAGAGCGAAUGUGCACUGUUCGAGUGCCGCACUGGUUUCUUUCCCUCCACUACGCGUGGAUGCGGAGCUCCUUUCUCAUCUAGUUUUGUAUCAUACAGUUCUGUGGCAGAGGCAAGUGGGUCUCUGCUCUGAAAGAUGGACCGUUUAAAGAGGACCGCGGCGUGCAGGAGAAUACCGCUAUUUCUUAUAAUAAUGUUCCACGCAACUACGGCACAAGCUGCUGAUCCCAUCGAUGUGCUGCGGGUACUGGAGCUGUCGGACCACAUGGAGGGGGUGUCCAUGGAGGCUGGCCUCUGCAUCAGCAGGAAGGACAUGGAGGAGACAGACAUGGCCUAUAGGAUAGACAAGAAGAUACAGCUCAGUGCACCCACCAAACAGCUCUUCCCAGACUCGUUGUUCCCUGUGGACUUCUCCCUGAUGACAACAGUGAGGGCAAAGAAGGACACCCAGUUCUUCCUGCUGUCUGUGUAUGAUGAGCAGGGUGUACAGCAGCUGGGGCUGGAGGUGGGUCGCUCGCCUGUCUUCCUGUACGAAGACCACCAGGGACAGCCCUCCCCGGAGCUCUACCCCAUCUUCAAGAAGAUCAACUUGGCUGAUGGAAAGUGGCACAGAAUAGCCUACAGUGUGGAGGGCAAGUCAGUCACCUUGUACCUGGACUGUGAGAAGGUGCAGACUCUGGAGUUACUGAGAGGGGACAAUCCCCUGGUCAGCACGGAGGGGGUGAUCGUGUUUGGAACACGACUACUGGACGAGGAGGUGUUUGAGGGAGAGAUCCAGCAGUUGUUGAUUCUGGAGGACGCCCAGGCGGCGGCUGACUACUGCCUGCACUACAUCCCUGACUGUGACUCUCCCCUGCCCUACAACAGACAGGCCCAGGACCCUGAGCAGACCUCUCAACUUAAACCUGAUCCCAUGAUACAAAGCAACGAGCCGGAGGAGCCAGAGAAACGCUCCAAAAUAGACAGGAAAGGCAAAAGGGACAAAAAGAAGCGUGACAAGAAGGGGAGGGGCAAGAAGAGAAAAGAAGGAGAGGCGGGCCCAGAGGAGGAGGGUUUCAUCCAGGUGUCCACUGUUUUGCCUGAAAAACAAUCUCAAGAAACCUACUAUCCCACUGAAAAGCCAUCUACGAUGGAACUGUUCACUCCUGAAGCUGUCACCCCAUCUGAAGCCCCUGACCAGACCACCAUUAUCCCAGAGAGGCCCACACACAGGCCUGACUCUGACAUUGAGGACCCCUCCGUGGUGCCCAGUGCACUGCCUGAGUCAAAGGUCACUGAGGAGGAGGAGAGGCUGGACAAAAAGCCCCAGAUGGAGGAGUUUGACGACAACUUCUACGGCGACCUGUACGAUGACCUCACCGUCUCCAUGGUAACAGUGGGUCCCAAUAUCAGCGAGUACGAGGCUGUAGCGUACGAGGACAUAAGUAACGAGACAGAGAACCAGGAGUAUGAAGAGUAUGAGGCAUACGAGGACGGAUAUGGCUUUGCAGAGAGAGAGGGGGAUGAAACCUGGGAUGGAGAGGCCAGUGGCAGAGCACUGAAAGGAGAGAAGGGAGAGCCUGCCAUCGUUGAACCGGGUACACUGGUGGAGGGAGCAGUCGGCCCCCCAGGACAGGAGGGUAUUCCAGGUGGACAAGGUCCAAUGGGCCCCCGAGGACCCAGUGGAGACCCAGGUGAUUUGGGUCCUCCAGGACGUCCUGGUUUAGCUGGGGUUGAUGGGAUACCUGGUCCUCCAGGAACAAUGCUGAUGUUACCAUUCCAACAUGGUGGUGAUUCUCAGAAGGGGCCUGUGGUGUCGGCCCAGGAGGCUCAGGCUCAGGCCAUCCUGCAGCAGACCAAGAUGUCGUUGAAGGGACCCCCAGGUCCACUGGGUCUUACAGGGCGACCCGGCCCACUGGGUCUUACUGGUCCCUCUGGACUUAAAGGUGACGCUGGAGAUCAUGGCCCCAGGGGUCCCCAUGGUACCCCAGGUCCUGCAGGACUCAACGGGAAGUUAGGAAAGAGGGGCCGGGCCGGAACGGAUGGAGGGCGUGGAGCACCGGGGGAGACAGGGGGAAAAGGGGACAGAGGCUUCGACGGACUGCCAGGUCUCCCAGGAAACAAGGGCCACAGAGGGGAGAGAGGGAAGCCUGGACCACAUGGGCCUGAUGGAGAGUCAGGAGAAAAGGGUUUAGAUGGACCCGUAGGGCCGACUGGACAGCCCGGUGAACCUGGUGCCAGAGGACUUGUCGGACCCAGAGGGUCCCCUGGGCCACCUGGCCAGCCAGGUAUUACAGGUGUGGAUGGAGUUCAAGGGUCAAAGGGCAACCUGGGGCCCCCUGGAGAGACAGGGCCCAGCGGUCAACAAGGAAAUCCUGGAUUACAGGGCCUUCCUGGUUCUCAGGGUCCCAUCGGCCUGCCAGGAGAGAAGGGUCCCCAGGGGAGCGGUGGGCUGCAGGGACUCUCUGGUAUCGAUGGUCCUACUGGCCAUCCAGGAAGAGAAGGCCCUCCAGGAGAGAAGGGGCUCAAUGGUUUGCCUGGAACCCAAGGGCCUGUUGGUUAUCCAGGAACUCGCGGUGUCAAGGGGGGUGAUGGAGUGAGAGGUCUGAAGGGGAGUAAAGGAGAAAAGGGUGAAGAUGGCUUCCCCGGGUUCAAAGGUGACAUGGGCCUCAAGGGAGACAGGGGUGAUAACGGGGUCACAGGAGGUCAUGGAGAGGAUGGGCCUGAGGGGCCUAAGGGACAGUCGGGACCCCUAGGAGAGGUUGGAGGUGCUGGCAUAGCUGGAGAGAAGGGUAAACUGGGUGUCCCAGGGUUGCCAGGAUACCCAGGAAGACAGGGGCCCAAGGGAUCCGUGGGGUUCCCUGGUUCUGCCGGAGUUCUGGGAGAGAAAGGAAGACGGGGUCCAUCUGGUCAAGCAGGAACUGGGGGUCAGAGAGGUCCUAAUGGUGCCAGAGGGGGGAGAGGAGCACGAGGACCGACAGGAAAGUCAGGAGACAAGGGCACCUCUGGACACGAAGGCCCACCAGGAUCCACUGGAGACCAGGGACCCCAAGGACCACAGGGAAGGAACGGUGAGGCAGGACCUAAGGGACCUAAUGGAGCAGUAGGAAAAGACGGACUACCAGGUCAUCCAGGACAGCGAGGGGAGCCAGGCUUCCAAGGCAAGACUGGUCCACAUGGGCCAACAGGCGUGAUCGGACCACAGGGUAAAUCUGGUGAGACUGGACCUAACGGCGACAGAGGACACCCUGGGUCACCAGGAUCCCCUGGAGAGAUGGGUUUACCCGGAGCAGCAGGCAAGGAGGGAUCCAAGGGAGACCCGGGUCCGUCUGGAGCUCCAGGAAAGGGUGGCCCUGCUGGGCUCCGAGGCUUCAGAGGGAGCAGGGGCAGCCCUGGAGCCAUGGGCUCUGCUGGACUGAAAGGAGGAGAAGGACCCACCGGUCUGUCAGGAGCAGGGGGAGCCACUGGGGAGAAAGGUCCUUCUGGAGCGGCUGGUGCUAUUGGUCAGCCUGGACGCUCCGGUGGGGUCGGCCCUGGAGGACCAAUGGGAGAAAAGGGCGAGCCAGGAGAGAAGGGGCCCAUCGGGCCGGCUGGACAGGACGGGGCACAGGGGCCUGUGGGGCUGCCAGGGGCUGCUGGCCCCGCUGGGCCUCCAGGAGAGGAUGGAGACAAGGGCGAGACAGGAGGACCAGGCCAGAAAGGCAGUAAAGGAGACAAAGGAGAAUCUGGCCCUUCAGGACCUAUUGGAAUCCAGGGACCUAUCGGCCAUCCGGGGUUACCGGGUGUGGACGGGGAGCCGGGGCUGAGGGGCCAGCAGGGGAUGUACGGGCCAAAGGGAGACGAGGGAGCGAGAGGCCACAAGGGGGCCACAGGACCCACUGGACUACAGGGCAUGCCAGGACUCCCAGGAGAGAAGGGAGACAGUGGACACGUGGGCACGAUGGGCCCUCCAGGACAACAUGGCCCCAGAGGCCCCCAGGGGUCCAUUGGUGGAGAGGGCACUGCUGGCCAGCCUGGUGGAGUGGGCCAGCCUGGGAUUGUUGGAGAGAAGGGGGAGGAUGGAGAGGCUGGGGACCCGGGACCAGUUGGAGACACUGGUGCCGCUGGUGGUAAAGGGGAGCUGGGGGAGAAGGGUGACUCUGGCCCCUCCGGAGCAGCAGGACCUGCAGGAGUCAGAGGCAUGCCAGGGGAGGACGGACCCAAAGGAAACCCUGGGCCCCUUGGGUUCCCCGGAGAUUCUGGACCCCCUGGAGAAGCAGGAAUCAAUGGAGUUGACGGUGGAUCGGGAGCAAAGGGAGACAACGGUGAUCCUGGGAAAGCCGGACCCCCAGGAGCCUCUGGAGAACCGGGCCCUUCCGGGCCCCCCGGGAGAAGGGGCCACUUGGGAGCUGCUGGAAAAGAAGGGAAACAAGGAAUGAAGGGAGCAAAGGGGACCAAUGGGGUUGAGGGUCUGGUGGGGAAGAAAGGGCCAGUGGGGCCCCAGGGACAUUCAGGGAUGCCUGGCCCGGAGGGCCUCCGAGGGAUCCCAGGCCCUGGGGGUGAGCAAGGGUUAAACGGCCCCCCAGGCCAGACGGGACCCCCUGGACCCAUGGGACCCCCAGGACUGCCAGGUUUGAAAGGAGACCUGGGCAGGAAGGGAGAUAAAGGUCACGGUGGUCUGAUCGGUCUAAUCGGACCUCCAGGAGAGCUGGGAGAGAAGGGAGACAGAGGCCUGCCCGGAAAUCAGGGCACACAAGGAACCAAAGGAGACGGGGGUAAGGGUGGCCUCCCUGGCCCCACCGGCCCCCCAGGACCCCCUGGACUUUCUGGUGCAGUUGGUGAGAGAGGAUCCAAAGGAGACCUGGGCGCCAUCGGACUACAAGGAGACACUGGCCCUGCCGGAUCCCCCGGACCCCCUGGUCCGCCUGCCACCAUGGUCCAGCCUCUGCCUAUCAGAGACCACGAGGGCCGGAGGAAGAGAAAGAGGCACUCUAGGAUGGUGCAAGGAGGCUCAGCUCCCUACGAGGAGGCAGAGAUGAAGAUGGAUCUGGAGCAGGAGGUGUUCCUGCAGGCAGACCAGCCCAUGCUGGAGGAGGCAGAGGGCAUGGAGGAGGUGUUUGCCUCCCUCACCUCCAUGAAGACAGAGGUAGAGCUGAUGAGGAAGCCCCUGGGGACCUUUGAGAGCCCCGCCCGCACCUGCAAGGAGCUCAUGAUGAUCCAGCAUGGCUACAGAGACGGUGACUACUGGAUCGACCCCAACCAGGGAUGUCACAGGGACUCCAUCAAGGUCUUCUGUAACUUCACCGCUGAGGGAGACACCUGUCUCUACCCUGACAAGAGGUUUGAAACUGUGAAGCUAGCAGCCUGGAACAAAGAGAAACCAGGGAGCUGGUUCAGCCAAUAUAGGAAAGGCAAACAGCUACAGUACAGUGACUCUGAUGGGAACCCGGUCCACGUGGUCCAGCUGACCUUCCUGAAACUGCUGAGUGCCACGGCCAGACAGACCUUCACCUACUCCUGCCAGAACUCUGUCGGCUGGUUCGACAGCGCCACCCGCAGCCACCAGCACGCCAUACGCUUCCGGGGAAGCAACGACGAGGAGAUGAGCCAGGCCAAGAGCCCCUUCAUCCAGGCAACACACGACGGAUGCCAGUUCCGUAAGGGACAGGAGCGGACAGUCCUGGAGAUCGAUUCCCCCAGAGCAGAGCUGCUGCCAGUCAUAGACGUGGCCCCUUCAGACUUUGGAAGCAGCAACCAAAAGUUUGGCUUCCACGUGGGACCAGUAUGUUACAACAGUUAACUAACGUUGUAUCGACCAACUAAGGAAUGACCGGAACUGACCUACACAACAAUUUACCAAUGAAAGAAACUGGACUUCACACUGUUGUUUCCACACGCAAUAUUUAUUAUUAUAUGUAUAUGUGGUGGGUUUCUGGCAUAUGUUAAAUGACUCUCAACAACCAAUGGCGAGUAGAGGAGCAGAGGCAAGGAGGAACAAAGCACAUUUAUCAAAGGGACUUCAUCCAAUUAGAUAUAUUUAAUGUGUAGUGGUUUUUCUUUAUCGUCUUUCUUUUCAUCGCUCACCUUUUGAGUGUGCUGUAAUUAGAUCCGCUAGAAGUAGUCUCUUGUUCCACUUGACAAUAACCAAUUUAAAAAGACAGGCAGAUCCCUCCCAUGUUGAGGCAUGGGGUUAGCCUGUCAUCUGUGGUAUGGGUCAGUUGAGUGGCACUGUAUUUGUCAGGCCUGGGAUGCAGAUGAGACGAGUUGCUACCUGAGGGAUUAUGAUGAGAGCGGAGUGGAAUUAGCAGGAGACACUAUCUGGCAUACUCAUUAGCAUGCCUGUAUUGCAGUAGGAUAAUAUCAUAUUGCAGUAUAAGGACAUUAGUUCUUGUUAACUGGUGGUGUACCGCAGUAUCUAUGGUUGUAGGAUCUUCAUUUGAGACAGUUCGCUACAGCAGGAAAACAAUCCUGCAGCAACAGGAAAUGUGAAUUAUUAUGUGGAUUAUAAUGAAUGGACAUUUUUGUUGGGGUUGAUACAUUUUUCAUAAGGGAAAAUCAAGUCUGAAAUGUCAAAGUAAAAAGUACAAAUACACCACAAGUUUUACAUUUCCUGCAUUGGAACAGGGUGAUCAAUUCCAUACUAUUCUAUUUCAUCUGUCAACAUUCCCUGUGUUAAUUAGAAGGUUGAACAUACUGUAUAAUAGAAAUGAUAGCUUUGCUCAGUGCUUACCCUUCAACUGCAGAUCACUCACUGAAUGAGCUUGAGAAGUGCACGCAAUACAAUGUUACUAGUAGUCUAUUGAGCCCAAUGGUUACUUGAAUGGAGAAGGUUGCUUUCCUUAUUGGACUGGUUUACUCUGCACGCCUGUUGAUAAUAUGACUUUCCGGCCUUCCAUGUUUUCAUUUCCUAUUUGUGUCAGUUUGGCGUCCAUUUUGUUACGGAAAACAAGCACUCUGUAUUCCAGGCCUUAAUGGUUGAGCUGGAGCUGUUUCAGCCCGAGAAUAAGUUUCAGAGCAUGUUGUUCUUAAAGAGGAUAUUAACAGUGUUUUCUCCAGUCCUCCGUUUGUCUGUUACAUCAAGGAGCAUUUCACAUGUCGUUGUUUUCAAGCAUCUUUUAAAAAGUACCAUUAUUAUCCACUGUGCUGUUCUCCACCUCAGUCAUGCAUUUGUUUAUUUGUUUUCUAUGUGAAUUCAUUUUUAUGAUGUAUUUUGUUACGCUGUGUGGUGCUAAAGAACAUGUUUUUGUUUUGUGUCAACUACGUUUGUGUUGUUGUGUGUCUUGAGGCAGGAGGAGGGAGAAAGGGUGCAAGUUAUUGGUGCUCCAAAAGCCGUGCAUGAUGGGUAAGGAAUGCUCUCUGAGCCAGGGAGUAUCAUAUCGUACUGGAGGUCUUGACACUACAGUACACACACUCUAACCUGCUGUAUGGUAGUCAGGUUACAGUACCAGAGGUAGGUUAGGGGUAAGUUCCAUGUUUUCGCUUUAAGCGUUAAAACUCCCAAGACAGCCGUUGUUACAACGUAGUGCCUUUACAUCUCUCCAACAUCUCUCCAACAACCUGCAGGCUGGUCUCCCAGCCUGUAUACAUAAACAGUACUGGCAGUUUAUCAGCGUACUCCUCACACUGUCUUUUAGUAUUUAAACAAUUACAGUAAAAUCCCCCACCCUGUUCUGCCACACCCUGUGUAUAGUAUCUGUUCUACUCAUUUUAUAUACUGUACAGUUAUACUAAGGACUUGAGUAUGAAUAACAAUCUGUUGCCUGAAUGAAAAUGGGUUUGUGAAACGUGAUGAGCGAAUAAAAAAAAAUAUUUUAAAAA